AUGCACGGCGGUCGUGGCCCGGUGCCCAAUGCAACAGUCCACGUGGAGUUUGUCAGUGCAAAUCCCCGGAAUGAUGUGCGUUUGAAUGACACCUAUCUGACAGUCGAGUAUUUGGACGAGACCACAAAUCAAUGGAUUGUACGUUUCACCGAUGCCGAUUGGGAAACCAAAUUUCAUUGGACACGUGUGGGAGCAUUGCAGUUUAUUCUCGGUCAAAGUAAAGCCAUGAUCAGCUGGCAAGUGCGCAGAUUGGAUGGUACGUGCGAGCCAGGCCACUAUCGCAUUCGGCAUUUUGGUGCGGCUAAACCCCUGUUCCGAUCCACAUUGGAACCGUUCGAAGGAUUGUCUCGAGAGUUUCUAGUCACCUGUGGGAAUUAG